AUGGAAGCACCGGUGGAGGUUGAAGAGGCCUCGGAGCAUCUGAAGGCCGCAGGGACUGAAGGCCUGUUGGAGAAGCAUUUGCAGGGAAAGAAGCAGGAAUGGGAUGUUAUCACGGCUCACAAGGAGCCUCUCCGCCUCCUCGACCUGCCGAUGGACAUACUUCAGGUUAUUCUCAAAGAGCUCACACACACAAACGACCUGACGUCCCUCGCUUUGACCCACUCGGCCCUCCAUGCACUCGUCAUUCCCCACAUCUAUGCGCGCUUUGAUAUUGUCUGGCCCGAUGCAAAUGCUACUUUCGAGAAUCGCAUGGGCGUGGACGCUUUGACUUAUGGGUUGGCGACGUUGGUAAUGGCUCAAGAUGUUUUUGGCGAGGCUCCGUACCAGUCUCAACAUGCACAUCAGUGCCAGCAAUGUGGCCACUAUAACCAGCCGGCCCAGCACCGGCCUGUCACCACGUCCAAGAACAUUCGUCGGGGCAACCAUUUCGCCCAAUUCACGCGGAAAUUCAGUCUGGGUAACGGACCCGCUGAUUGGGUCCAAGAAUACCUCAUCACGAAAGAAGGUGGAAAAAUGCUCGGUACCUUGGUUGCACUCGCAGUCGGUAGGAUGCGAAAUCUUGAGACGUUCAUAUGGGACAUGCCCACAGGCGUCCUUCGAGAUGUUUGGAUGGCUCUCGCCUCGCUCGGCAAUCGCCACGACGGCCAAGCAUGUCGCCUGGAACGUGUCUGGGUCCGCUGGCACGACAAUCAAGACCAGGGCCCCUUGGCUUCCCCUCCACCGCCAGGUGCGCUCCCGGGAGCACAGAACGCCAACAUGCCUUACAUCCUUGCGGGGCCUGCAAACUCGCUCUUCCAAAUCCCACCUUAUCCGCGCGUCGAGUUCCCGACCUUCUCGAUUCUGCCACCGUUGAAGAGCUUGAGCGUGCUUGACAUCGACGAACUGCCUUAUGCGGAAGAAAUGAGUGUACUCAUAGACAGAUCUCUUGACAGGCUGACCGAACUCAGGGUGGGCAUGGCGGCCCACGCACAAUACGACAUGUGGGCACGACCUUCCGAGGAACGACCACCUGUUUUACCUUCUCUUGUGCCUGGGAUGACUGAUCAGACUCCAAGGCCUGGUGGGAUGCUGGGUAUUUUAGUCCAUCGGUUCUGCGACGCCUUCUCACACCACAAACAGAGCCGAUCAUCUCUAAACCUUGAGCGACAACGGGAUCCCCUUGUGGAAGACGUGACUGUCGAGGGUAGCCGCGAAGUGGAAAGAGAGGACGACGCCGAAGAGCUUGUACCUGCAUCAGACAUCAAUCAGUUAGGGGUUCUAAUGUCUGCCUACAGCAUUCAUGAUGACGAGUUAGACAUGAUUCCUGCCCCCACGCCCAAGCAACGGACCUCCACCAACUUGUCGAAUACCACGAGGCAGGAUCUUCCCAACCACAGCAGUGACUCAUUCUUAGACUCGAACAAAGAAGGUCGUUCGGCACGGAAGUUGACGCUAGAAACUCUCGAACUGGAACGGGUGUACUUGUCCAUAGCGGUGCUUUCCAAGGCGGUCGACUGGUCGCGUCUGACAACUCUGACUCUUCUCAGCUGUCGCAACCAUGAGCAGUUGUGGAAGGCACUUCGCAAACGCUUUACUCCAUCCAGCCGUCGACGAGUCUCCUCCACACCAUAUAGAACCUCAUCCAAUGGGAUGUCAAGCAUGGUCCUCCGUUCACAGACCAGCACCCCGAGCACUCCCGCACCUCCAGCAGCCGACUAUGCCCUCAAGCUAAAGAGGCUGCACACCGACACGGUGUCUCCGUCGCUGAUCGCAUUCAUCAAAGACACCCUCGCGCCAGACAGCCUGGAAUGGCUGUUCCUGCAAGAGAACACGGCCUACAAGUCUCCCGUCUCAAUCGACAUGAUAUACAAAGGCGCAGUGCGACGGCAUCGCUCCAGCCUGACGAAACUCCUCAUCGACAGCACGUUCAGGACAGAAGACUCGGAGCGACCAAACACGAACUGGAGGAGGUGGGUUUUCAACCGCGACUUGAUUACUUGCAUUACCAGCGGCAAGAUGAAACUGCGCGAACUCAGCAUGUCGAUCGAUUACAAAGACUGGCACUACUUCUUGAGACGACUACCCAACGCCACCACCCUGAGAUCGUUGCAUAUCUCACACAUUGCCGAGCACGUGAACGGGACAGUGCACUCCCGCGAAGCGGCGCUACAGGUCCUGGACAUAGUUGCUCUGCGGCCCGAACUCGAGCUCUGCUACCUGGGCAUUCAAGGGCAAUGUUUCGAAAUUCUCGAGUAUGCUUCUCCCCGAAAAUGUUCCGCCUCAUCUGGUGGCGAUUUUUCAGCAGACGACAUAGGUCCUGAUGGCGAUGGUAUGGCGCCCAACCACACCGACACGCACAACGUAGCGGCAGAUAAUCACCACGACGAUUCUCACGACGAUGAAGCAGAUGACCACGCUGAUGGGAAUGAAGAUAGUGACUUUGAUGCCGUUUCAGACGAAGCAGACGACCUCAGUGACGACGGCGAAGGCAAUCAAUCCGGAGAUGGAACCGGGUCGGGUGCACACAGACCGACGUGGCGAUUGCGGGAGAUUCUAUUCUACGACGACAAGAUUUCGAUUUUCAAGGCCCGGCACGGACGGUUAUAA